AUGCAAUCACCGACUAAUAAUCAUUAUUUACCUGACGAAUUUAACGAUAAUUUUUUUUACAAUGAUGAUCAUGAAAAUAAACAUUUAUUUUUGCAAUCAGAACCAAUUAUAAACGAUCAACAUGAUGAGGAAGAAGAUGAAUAUUAUUUACGUGGACCAAUAAACGGUAUCGAAACUGGUUUAGCUGGAUUAGAAAUAAAAGGCAAAGUACGAACAUUAAGUCCGGUUCUUUUCUAUCAAACAAAUACUCGAUAUUUAAUUAUAAGUAAUAAUGAAUUAAAAUAUUUACCAGCAGAAAUAGGAAAUUUAACCAAUCUUGUCUAUCUUGAUUUGUCACACAAUCGAUUAAAAACAUUACCAUCUCAAAUUGGAGAUUUAAUCAAUCUAAAAAGACUUUAUCUUGAAUCAAAUUUUCUUAAAAAUUUACCAUACGAAUUAGGCAAACUCUAUCUUGAAGAUCUUGGUUUAAAUAAUAAUCCACUUGGUGAUCAUAUCUUAAGUCUAUUUGCUCGACCUAAUGGUACACGUGAAGUAAUGAAUUAUCUACGUGAAAAAUGGAAUUUACUUUGUUCUUUUUCAAAAAUGUCUUCGUAUAAGAUGCCAUUGUCUUGGGAUAAUACAGAAAUAGAUUCGAAUGAAAAUAAUUCUAAUAUUUAA